GACAUGGAGCCGACCGAACCCAUGGAUGAGGAUUCGAAAACGACGACGACCAGCACGAGCCCGAAAGCAUCCGCCGAGUCGUCUGCCACACCUUCUUCCGGCCCAGCCACCACCUCAUCCGGGAAACAUCCUGCCCCAAGCCCGGCCGGUGCUCCGACGACGCAACAAUCUAAGCGCAAGCGAGGGCCCGGGAUCGUCACUCCAAACGCAUGCACCGAGUGCCGCAAGAAGCGCGCAAAGUGCGAUGGCCAGACGCCCUGCUCGCGAUGCAAGGCCCAAAAGGACGUUGAGUGCGUCUACGAGAUACCCGUCAGACAGUCCAAGGAGUAUUUGAGAGCCGAGAUCGAUCAGCUCCGCCGCCAGCAACGAAACAAUGAGAGCGUCUUGUCGGCCCUCGCGGUGCCUGGCCAAUGGGAGGAAGUUUUGCGGCGACUGCGCAGCGGCCAGUCUGUCGAGUCAAUAUCAGAAUGGCUUGGCGGGACCUUGCCGUCUGGCGGCGGCACCGCCCCCUCUUUCAACCGCCCUGCUGGUCCCGGUUCCGGCUUCACUCCCCUGCCUACGUUUUCCGGCUCUCACGCAAGUCUUCACGCGACAGCUCCGGCGGGCUCUCACCUGGACGGAGCCACGAGUCCUGCUUCGGCUCAUCCGGGCAGCGGGUUGCGCCAAGAUAGGGAACCAGCCAGUCCUUGGGGUGGUCAUUUCUCGGCACAAUCCGCCCCGAGUGAAUCUGCUGCAGACGCAAUGAGCUGGAGUGGUGAGCGUCGGGGCCAAUCUUCGCGAGUCGGCACCUGGGUCGAUGGUCUUGGGGACAGGGAAGCCAAGGAAAUGGGCGACCCAGAGGCUCGGGAUCGUGUGCUCCACCAAGGACUGCCGCCAAAAGUUCCCGACUCCAGGAUACCCGUUGAAACAUGGACGAGCUUGACAACCGACAUUGCGCUAGUGCAGCAUCUGCUCGCCCUCUACUUCUGCUGGGAGUACCCCACGUUUGCCUCGCUCAGCAAAGAACACUUUGUCAAAGAUUUCCAGGAGGGCCGCCCAAGGUAUUGUUCGUCUGUCUUGGUGAACGCCCUUAUGGCCCUGGGCUGUCGCUUCUCAAGCAAGCCCCAGACGCGUGCGAACCCGGACGACCCCCAUACUUCGGGUGACCACUUUUUCAAAGAGUGUCAGCGGCUUCUGUACGAGGAGCAGAACCAUCACAGCCUUACCACCAUCCAGGCGCUAGGGAUCAUGUCUAUAAGGGAGGCCAGUUGCGGGAGGGACUCGGAGAGCUGGUUUUACGCCGGGCAGAGCAUCAAGCUAGCCAUCGAGAUGGGCCUGCACAAGUUACAAGAUGGGGGCGACCGUGACGAUGCCGAGAUUGCCGUCCAAUCUGCAACCUUUUGGGGCGCCUUUGCGCUAGAUCAUGCGUGGUCGCUGGCUACCGGUUCACUGCCGCAGGUGUCGUGUUUCUUACAACUCCCCCCAAAACCCGGCAUUAUUGACGACAUUGAGGCGUCGCUCUGGAUUCCCUACACAGAAGAUGGCACGAGUCUACAAAAGUCGUUUGAACAGCCAUCCAACGUCCGGUCCGUGUACAAGUGCUUCUGUGAGCUCAGCGAGCUUGUUCAUCAGUCCCUAUACAUUCUACACUCCCCCGGCCGGCCCUUGACGGCGCGUGACCUGCUUGGCAUCUACACCGAGUUCCUCAACUGGUACGCGAACAUACCAGAAGUGCUACGGCUUGGCGCCAACUUCACACCCUCGGUGCUCUUCGCUCAUAUGUACUACCAUUUUGCCAUAUUACUCCUCUUCAGGCCACUCAUCAAGCUGCGCAUUAUCGGGUCCAGCGUUACGCCCCGCGACGUCUGUGCACAGGCAGCAGAUGCAAUUUCAGGCCUUCUACGAUCAUACUCACAACUAUAUACACUGCGACGGACACCCUCGUUUGUCCCCUACUUUGUUCUGACCUCGGCCAUCAUGCACCUCGCCAUAGGCGCAACAGCGACGACUGAUAAGGGCACACAAGAAUCACCAAGCACGGGUAACAGUUCAGGGGACACCUCACUGAACGGCUCCGACUCGGCUGUUGGAGGCCAAGCGCGAUCCAGGCCUGGCGUCGACGCAGCUAGGAUGAAUCCCAAGGUCACUGCGGCCAUCAAGCAGGGCAUAGCAGAUUUAACAGAGAUGGCACCAUGCCACCAUUUUGCCGAACAGGCACUCAACAUUCUUCGCCAUCUGGCCAAGAAGUGGAAUAUUAACGACAUCGAGGUCUACGGCAAGGAUGAGCGCGCUGUGCCGACCCCUGAGGCUGACAAUAGCGUUCUCCCGGUCACCUCAAGUCUCAACUUCUUCACCCCCAAUAUGUCGGAGCAGGAUUUCAUCUGCGAAUGGGGAAACGAUAACAGCGCUGCUGGCGGUGUCAGCUAUAUGUCGACGUCGCAGGGAGUGGACAAGGGUCUCAAUAUUGGAGCUGCAGCCUCGGCUGGGAGGAUGGCCAACCCUCUGUUCUGGCCUUUUCCCAUGCAGGCCGGUAACCGUUUGCAGCCGCGGCAAAUCGCUGCCGACGAUGCAGAUGUGCGUGCCUUCGAGAUCUUCUGCUCCAAGAACAUACCCAACAAGCUCAUGUGGAUACAGAGUUGGUUCAAGGGCAUGGAAUGGUUCCUGGAGCACCAAAUGAGCAAGGAUUAUAUGAAGCAGUUGCACGAGGCGACAUAG